AUGUUAGGGUAUUACCAACGGGUUGCCACAAUAAGCACCUGCCGUAUUGCUUUUACUGCCGAAACCCCGUAUUGCGCGUGGGAUGCCAAUGUAGCGGGGACGUUGGAUCAUGCCAGUUUGGUGGCCCCAAGCCGUGUGUGCAUCCAGUGUGCCCCCUUGGCACUGACUACGGCAAGUAGUACGCGGUACCAUGUGGAUACUUGGUGCCAUGAUGGGCCGCUUGACUGGUGCAUAUCUGCUUCUGCGCGGUGUUGA